AUGAACACAAAAUGUAAAAAUAAAAUUAAAAAAUAGAAAUGCGAAAUGAAACGCGCGUUUUAUAUGAGCGUAUAAACUGGAACCAAACCUAUACCCUAAUCUCUUCUGCCACUUGUGCUGUGUUCCGUUCUCUUGUGGCUAAAGAGAUUCAUUCAUAGAAGACAAAAUGGGUCGAGUAGAUGCAGCUGGUUCAAAGGGAAAGAAGAAGGGAGUUAUAACAUUCACCAUUGACUGUGCCAAGCCCGUUGAAGACAAGAUCAUGGACAUCGCUUCUCUCGAAAAGUUCCUUCAAGAGAGAAUUAAGGUUGGUGGUAAACCCGGUGCUCUUGGUGAUGCUGUUACUGUUUCAAGGGAAAAGAGCAAGAUUGCUGUUACUUCUGAUAGCAACUUCUCCAAACGGUAUCUCAAGUAUUUGACCAAAAAGUACUUGAAGAAACACAAUGUAAGGGAUUGGCUCAGAGUGAUUGCUUCAAACAAAGAUAGAAAUGUUUAUGAGCUGAGGUACUUCAACAUUGCUGAGAAUGAAGGAGAGGAAGAAGACUGAGUGUCUGUUCAGAUUAUUCAUUUCAGAACUUUGUUAAACCAUUUUCUCAUGUUAGCUUCUCUUUUGGCUAUGGAAUGCUCGAGACAUGUUGCUUUGGUUGCAUUAGCUGCAAUUUAACAAUUUUGUUCAAUUAAGAAUUGUGGUAACACUUUUGUUGGAAUGGAAAUUGAGUUUAUUGUUAUGCAUUCAAGUA